AUGGCUGAUUCACCAAAGGACAAGACUCGUCCUCAUUCUCCUUUAAAAACCAAACUUUCAUUGUCGCAGAAGGAAUCCUCCACUUCUUCCAUCAAAUCAACGACCGCGAAACCACCCUCUAUCCAUUAUGGUAGCAGUACAUCCAAUCCUUCAGAGAUCAUGUCACCACCCGAUAGUGGUAACCCAGUUCCUCAACUUCCGAAAGAAGAUGCCCAUAGACCCAUUAAUCUUCGUUCCACAUCUGCCAUAGCACCAAAAGCUCCUUCCUCUGCACACUCAUCUUCUCCUGUACCACCUGUACAACGCCCGCCUCGUGGGCUUUCCAUUCCAUAUCCUUCACUACCAGACCCUAAAUUGGCUCCCAAUGUUCUUCCUGCACCAGCCUCAGGAAUGUACUGGUCUCGCGCCCCUGUCUCUGGUUCGUCUCAUACGUCUUUACGGGCACAUACUUCCACACUUAUUGGUUCCAAUAUCUACGUCUUUGGCGGAUGUGAUGCACGUUUAUGUUUCAACGAACUAUAUGUCUUAGAUGCCGACGCUUUCUAUUGGUCUACGCCUUUCGUCUGCGGAGAAAUACCUGCCCCUUUAAGAGCAAUGACAUGCACGGCUGUGGGAAAGAAGCUGAUAGUGUUUGGUGGUGGAGACGGACCUGCAUAUUAUAACGAUAUUUAUGUACUCGACACACUGAACUUUCGAUGGUCGAAACCGCGGAUAUCCGGGGAUAAGAUACCAAGCAAACGAAGAGCACACACGGCAUGUUUAUACAAGAAUGGCAUAUAUGUCUUCGGCGGCGGUGAUGGAGUACGAGCGUUAAAUGAUGUAUGGAGGUUAGACGUCGCGGAUACCAAUAAGAUGUCUUGGAAACUCGUUUCUCCCCCGACACCAUCAUCUGUAGACGAUAAAACCAAACCAAAAGCUCGCGGAUAUCAUACUGCAAACAUCGUCGGAUCUAAGCUUAUUAUAUUUGGUGGAUCUGAUGGUGGAGAAUGUUUCCGAGAUGUAUGGGUAUUCGACAUUGAGACUUCGACUUUCUCUGCAGUCAAUAUUCCAGUUUCAUAUCCGCGAUUAAGUCAUACAGCUACGAUUGUCGGAAGUUAUCUUUUUGUAAUAGGUGGCCAUGAUGGCGUUGAGUACUCGAACGAAGUACUUCUCCUAAAUCUUGUCACGAUGGCUUGGGAUAAGCGGAAAGUCUACGGAGAGCCCAUAAAAGCUCGCGGUUAUCAUGGAACAGUGCUUCACGACAGUAGACUCGUCGUAAUAGGAGGCUUUGAUGGUGGGGAUGUGUUUGGAGAUGUGUGUGUGUUAGAAUUGGCAGUGCAUGCGUAUUAUAGUCAAAUCAGUCAUUUUAGCAUCGAUGUUUAG